UGCUACAAGCAUACUUGUAACACUAUUUAUGAAUUAAAAUCUUUAAAAAUGGGGAAAACUUCAAAAGACAAACGCGAUAUUUACUAUCGACAGGCUAAGGAAGAGGGCUGGCGGGCUAGAAGUGCCUUCAAGCUGCUCCACGUGGACGAGGCAUACGGCAUACUAAAUGGUGUUCAGAGGGCGGUGGAUCUUUGUGCAGCACCUGGCAGUUGGUCUCAAGUACUAUCACGAAAACUCUACGAUACCUGCCAAACAGAUGACGAGAAGGCCGCCGUUAAAAUCAUUGCCGUGGACCUGCAAGCGAUGGCUCCUAUUCGGGGAGUGAUCCAACUGCAAGGAGACAUUACAAAGCAGUCCACAGCAGAAGCCAUCAUUGGCCACUUUGGCGACAACAAGGAGGAUAAAGCCCAAUUGGUCGUCUGCGACGGAGCACCGGAUGUCACCGGAGUGCAUGAGAUGGAUGAGUAUAUGCAGCACCAGUUGCUAGUGGCUGCUCUUAGUAUAGCGACCUGCGUGCUCGAGACUGGAGGCACUUUUGUGGCCAAAAUAUUUAAAGGCAAUGCCACUGGGCUUCUAAGCUCUCAGAUGAAGAUUUUCUUCAAAAAGUUUGAUAUCUACAAGCCCCCCAGUUCAAGGCCCUCGAGUAUAGAAGCAUUCGUGGUCUGCUCCGACUUUUGUUUGCCAACUGGCUACAUACCUCAAGUAAUCAACACAGCACGGGAUGAUAUCCGAAUCUUGGCCCAGAAAACUGGAUCUGAAGUAAAUCGAAAGCUUGUGCCAUUCAUUGCAUGUGGGGAUUUGGGCGAACUCAAUGAAGAUGCUGAGGAUUCAGAAGAAGCAAGCGACGACGCGCAAUAUGCAUACGACGUUGUCAUGAGCGAUGCCUUCUAUCCCCCAGAAUUCAAGGAAAUCGUUAAACAAGUCUACGAAGAACAAUUACAAAUAAGCUAAAUGUCUAAAAUAAAAAUGAACUUAAA